CUCUUGUGUGGAUAACAACAAAAUUUUCAGCAAAACCGUUGACUAGUACGUGAUUGGUCACUUUGUGAACACUUCAACAUUAACGGUACAAUAAUUUGUUCAAACAUUUGUCGUCGAUACGAAAAGAGAGUAAAUAAUUGGAUUUAAAAAAUGGAUAGUCAAGAAUAUAUCGACGAUGAUUCUGAUCACGAAAUAAGUGUAUCGGAACAACCACAAUUCAAAUCAAUAACAUCCGAAGAAAUUAUAAAAUUGAUGAAUCAGUCGAUCUUAGGUGUUAAUUCCGUCGUUGAAAUGCCGGCAACAACAGCACGUAUUUUGUUGAGCCACACAAAAUGGGAUGUUCGUGAAGUAUUGGAUCGAAUUACAGAUGAUAAUUGUGAUAAAUUUUUCGAAAAAGCACACGUCCAGAAUCCAUUUGAAUCACCGAAAAUGAAACGAAAAUCCAAUACCGAACAUACAUGCACCAUUUGUUUCAUGGACUUUCAACAAAAUGAAAUCGUUGGUCUUAGCUGUGAUCAUGAAUAUUGCAAAGAAUGUUGGUCUCAUUAUUUGACAUCAAAAAUCAUGGAUGAUGGUCAUUCGGAGUUCAUUUGUUGUCCCGAAUAUAAAUGUCAAAUUGUUGUCGAUGAUGGUACGAUUAUGGAAGUAUUGACCGAUUCUCGUGUACUUCAAAAAUACGAACACUUGAUGACCAACAGUUUUGUCGAGCAUACGUAUACUCUGCGUUGGUGUCCCAGUGCCCAAUGUUCAUUGGCGAUUAAAGCUGAAUGUUUAUUGGACUAUCGUCAAAAUUGCGAGUGUAAAUGCGGUAAACGUUUCUGUUUUAGUUGUGGUGAAGAGCCGCAUGAUCCGAUACCAUGUGACUUGAUGAAAUGUUGGUCCAAAAAUGAUAACGACGAAACAAUUGAAUACCUUAUUAAACACACAAAAAGCUGCCCCAAAUGUUUCGCACUGAUCGAAAAAAAUGGUGGAUGCAAUCAUAUGUCAUGCCGUAAAUGUAAAUAUGAGUUUUGUUGGUUGUGUUUUGGCCCUUGGAGUGGACAUGCAGUUAAUAAUUGCAACAAAUACAAAGAUAGUAACAAAAAUAUUACCAAUGAUCAAAACCGUUGGGAACACUACUUCACACGCUACGGUGGACAUAGAAAGUCAUUGAAAAUCGAAAUGGAUAUGAAGGAACGGAUCAUAUGUAGAAUGGAACAUUUACAAGACAUGGGAAAAUCAUGGAAUGAUCAAUUUCAGGUACAAAGUUUGAUGAAAGCACUGGACAUUCUGUUUGAGAGUCGACGACAAUUGAUGUUUACGUAUAUAUUCGCAUAUUUCACGAAGCCACACAACCAGAAAAAUAUUUUUGAAGUUAACCAAGCUGAUUUGGAAUCGGCGACAGAAGCAUUGUCCAAUAUUUUUGAAAGUGAUUUGCACUUAACCACUGAACGAUAUUUAUCAGAUGUCCAGGACAAAUCUUGCUAUUGUGAGGCUCGUAUGAAGACAAUGCAAUGCCACAUUUACGAAGGUUUCGACAAAAAUUGGUGGUCGUUUACAUCAGGCUGAAGUUGGUCAAUCAUCAUUCGCCGAAUUUUUUCUUCUCAAAUAAUCAUAAUUUAAAAAUAACAAUUACUCAACAACAAAACUGUUAAGAAUACUUCAUUUAUGAAUCGUUGAGUUUCAUUGUAUUUGGUAUCUGUCGAUUGUCAAAUGAAGUCAAAUGUUGAUUUCACAAUUCAUGAGUCAGACGAAAAAUUCCCAUAAAUAAAUGUUUUUGUUUUUGUAGUUU